AUGGUCGCUCAGUUUGGGACGGUGAUCGCGGGGCGUCCCGUGAUAACAGAUUACAUUGAAAUCAGCCCCACGCAAUUCGUCAUUGACAUCCCAUAUCCCGAGCAAGUCACCGACAUUACGUUCUUCAUGUUGCCACAGUCGCCAGUGCCGCCAGGGUUUGCAGCGGUGCUCUAUUUUGCGGUGCCGCACCUCCAAAACUGGCAAUUGCUUGGCGGUGUCUUUGCGGAGAAGCCAAGCGCGAUCUUCCGGACGGCGUGGCCCACGCAUCCAGACGUGGUCGGGCAGCCCGUGAUCCAACUCGGCGUGUCCAUCGAAAGUGUGGAAAGCGUGCGCAACUUGGGCAUUGAAGCCAGCGGUCUCGAAGAACGCAAGUCUUUUGCGCUGAAAAUCGCCCAAGACCUGUUCAACUUCAUGACGUCGUUCUCUACGAGCACCAACUCGAGCAUGAUGGUGGUCCCGACCAACCUCCUCGAUCGGUGGAUGGAGCGCUUUGAGUCCAAAUAUCGCCGGGAUCCCAACUUCAUGAUGAAGAACAACUAA